AUUCCAGCAAGCAAAAACCCCACCACCCACCUCUCGCCCUCCUCUCCACUCUCCAGUCCACCUCCCUAUCCCCACCUCCUCCACAACCCCACCCCACCGCCGCAGCCCAUCCACCCCAACCUCAGCGGAAGAAGCGAUCGGCAAUGGCGUCCUCCACCCAGGGCCAGGUCAUCACCUGCAAAGCCGCGGUGGCGUACGAGGCGAACAAGCCGCUGGUGGUCGAGGACGUGCAGGUGGCGCCGCCGCAGGCCGGCGAGGUCCGCAUCAAGAUCCUCUCCACCGCCCUCUGCCACACCGACUACUACACCUGGAGCGGCAAGGAUCCUGAGGGCCUCUUUCCUUGCAUUCUCGGCCACGAGGCUGCUGGAAUUGUUGAGAGUGUUGGCGAAGGAGUGACCGACGUGCAGCCCGGGGACCAUGUCAUUCCUUGCUACCAAGCGGAAUGCAAGGACUGCAAGAUGUGCAAGAGUGGGAAGACCAACCUCUGUGGCAAAGUUCGUGGCGCCACGGGGGUAGGGGUCAUGAUGAGCGACCGCAAGAGCCGCUUCUCGGUGAAUGGGAAGCCCAUUUACCAUUUCAUGGGGACGUCGACGUUCAGUCAGUACACUGUUGUGCAUGACGUCAGUGUUGCAAAGAUCAACCCGCAGGCGCCCCUUGAUAAGGUCUGCCUGCUCGGCUGUGGUGUUUCUACUGGCCUUGGAGCAGUAUGGAAUACUGCAAAGGUUGAAGCAGGUUCCGUUGUUGCUGUUUUUGGGCUUGGCACAGUUGGGCUUGCAGUUGCUGAGGGGGCAAAAUCAGCUGGCGCUUCUCGGAUUAUUGGCAUUGACAUUGAUACCAAGAAGUUUGAUGUUGCUAAGAACUUUGGAGUCACAGAGUUUGUGAACCCAAAAGACCAUGACAAACCAAUCCAGCAGGUCCUAGUUGACCUUACAGAUGGUGGUGUGGAUUACAGUUUUGAGUGCAUCGGAAAUGUUUCUAUCAUGAGGGCUGCACUCGAAUGCUGCCACAAGGGCUGGGGUACCUCCGUUGUCGUUGGUGUAGCUGCGUCUGGCCAGGAGAUUUCCACACGGCCAUUCCAGCUCGUCACUGGCCGUGUCUGGAAGGGAACAGCUUUCGGUGGCUUCAAGAGCCGAAGCCAGGUUCCAUGGCUCGUUGAGAAGUACAUGAACAAGGAAAUCAAGGUGGACGAGUACAUCACCCACAACAUGAGCCUUACCGACAUCAACAAGGCAUUUGACCUGCUGCAUGAAGGCGGCUGCCUGCGGUGCGUGCUGGCGAUGGAGCACUGAGGAUCCUGCUAUGCGUCUCUGCCUGCUUCGAAGCCGAGCAGUUUGUGUCGUGUGAAAUUGUAAUGCAGAUCUAUCCUCCGCCCUGGGACUAUAGAACUCGUUCAGCCCCCUUUGGCCUAGAAACUCUUGAACACGAACUGCUGCUAUAAUAAGAUGUUGUGUUGGA